CAAUGAAUGUGAACUGAGUUUCGCUGGUUCAUAAAAAAAAAAGAAAAUCAAUCAUCUAUUCAGAUUAUUGGUUCAAAAUUGUAAAUGCCAUUCUUCAUUUCAACUAGAUAUUUUUUUUCUUCUUUUAACUUGCCUCUGCAUUUGACCUUUUCUGAGAAGUUUUUUUCAGCCAGCCUAAGUGUGUGUGCCUUGAAUGACCAGCAGAAAAGCCGAAUUUGGAUCCAGGUUAAGCAAGUGCUCCUCCCUUCAUCUCAGAACUUGCCACUUGAUUCAAAAGUGAUCCGCACCCGCCUCUCAUCUCACCAUGGCUUCUACCUUCAUGGCCGACCUGCCAGCCUCCGGCUUCUCCUUUGAAAACUGCAAGCGGAACGCGUUUCUAUUUGAGAAGGGCGCUAAGCCGCCAACCACGGUCAAGACGGGUACCACCAUUGUGGGCGUGGUAUUCAAGGAUGGGGUGGUCUUGGGGGCGGAUACCCGAGCCACGGGCGGCAACAUGGUCAGUGACAAGAACUGCCAGAAGAUCCAUAAGAUGGCUCCAAAUAUGCUGUGUUGUGGUGCGGGCACGGCCGCGGAUUGCGAUAAGACCACCACCAUGAUGGCCAGUCAGUUGGAAUUGCAUCGCUUGAACACGGGCCGUCAGGUGCGGGUGUGCACGGCUACCCGACUCUUGAAGCAGAUGUUGUUCCGUUAUCAAGGAUAUAUUGGGGCGUAUUUGGUCUUGGGCGGGGUGGACUCGCAAGGCCCCCAUAUUUCGACCAUCCAAGCUCACGGCAGCACCGUGAACACGCCAUACUCGGCCAUGGGAUCAGGCAUGUUGGGCGCCAUGUCCGUGUUGGAGAUGCGUUGGCGACCGGAUAUGGAGGAAGAGGAGGCCAAGAAAUUGGUACGGGAUGCCAUUGCGGCGGGAAUUUUCAACGAUUUGGGCUCGGGCUCGAAUGUGGAUUUGGCCGUGAUCAAGGCCAAUGACCAGGUCGAGUAUCUGCGAGGUUAUGAGUUGGCCAAUAAGAAGGGGGAACGCAAGCAGCGCUACGACUAUCCCAAAGGCUCAUCCGUGGUCUUGUCCGAGGUCAAACGCCCCGUGAUUGUCGAGUCCACUCAAGUACGACAGGUGGCCAUGGAUACAUCUUAAAAUCAGCGGACACUCUAGGCCCUCGGCCCUAACCUGUGAACGUGAGGCUUGAUUAUCCGAAUUACGUUCAAACACGUGUGUAUCACUUCGACCAUUUUAAUAAAAAGAUAUCUUCAGCUUAA